AUGGGUACCGUCGCCGACCCCGCUAAGACUCAGAAGACCCUCAGCGGCUUCGCCGCCGACUUCCUCAUGGGAGGUGUCUCGGCCGCCGUCUCCAAGACCGCCGCUGCCCCCAUUGAGCGCAUCAAGCUCCUGAUCCAGAACCAGGAUGAGAUGAUCAAGCAGGGCCGCCUCGCCACCCCCUACAAGGGCAUCGGCGACUGCUUUGUCCGCACCUACCAGCAGGAGGGCAUGGUCUCGCUGUGGCGCGGCAACACUGCCAACGUCAUCCGCUACUUCCCCACCCAGGCCCUCAACUUCGCCUUCAAGGACUUCUUCAAGUCGCUCUUCAAGGUCCCCAAGUCGGCCCCCUACUGGAAGUCGCUCUCGGCCAACCUUGCCUCGGGUGGUGCCGCCGGUGCCUCGUCGCUCCUCUUCGUCUACUCGCUCGACUACGCCCGUACCCGUCUCGCCAACGACGCCAAGUCGGCCGGCAAGGGUGGCGAGCGCCAGUUCAACGGCCUCGUCGACGUCUACAGGAAGACCAUCGCCUCUGACGGUAUCGCCGGUCUCUACCGUGGCUUCGUCCCCUCGGUCGUCGGCAUCGUCGUCUACCGCGGUCUCUACUUCGGCAUGUACGACUCGCUCAAGCCCGUCCUCCUCACCGGCAACCUCGCCGACAACUUCCUCGCCUCGUUCCUCCUCGGCUGGGGUGUCACCACCGGUGCCGGUAUCGCUUCGUACCCGCUCGACACCAUCCGUCGCCGCAUGAUGAUGACCUCGGGUGGCAAGGUCCACUACAAGAACAUGUUCGACGCCGGCCGCUCGAUCGUCGCCGCCGAGGGUGUCAAGUCGCUCUUCAAGGGUGCCGGCGCCAACAUUCUCCGUGGUAUCGCCGGUGCCGGUGUCCUGUCCGGAUACGACAAGCUCCAGGCCAUCAUGUUCGGCAAGGUCUACAAGUAA